CCCAGGCUGGUCUUGAACUCCUGGGCUCAAGCGAUCCUCCCGGUCUACUUCCCAAAGACAUAGGAGGGAAUACAGGCGUGAGUCACUGCACCUGGCUAUUGUUAUUUUUUUUAACUGAUGAAAGUAUUAUUUUCAUUGUGUUCAACAUGUUUUGAAACAUGUAUGCAUUGUAGAAUGUGCUAAAUCGAGCUAAUUAACAAAUGCAUUAUGUCAUGGGCUUACCAUUUUUUUGUGGUGGAACACUAGAAAAUCUAUUAUUAGUGAUUUUUUCAAGAAUAUAUUACAUUGUUGCUAACUAGAGUUAGUGUUGUGCAAUAGAUGUCUUGAACUUAUUCCUUAUAAUUGAAAUGUUUUAUCCAUUGCCUUAUAUCUCUCUAGACUCUCCCUCAUUCUUCUAGUAAAAGUAAUACAUGUUCAUUUUUUUAAAAUCCAGGAAAAAAUAUAUGAAAAAGAUCAUUCAUAAUACCAAACCAUCCAUAAUGGUAGUUGGUAGAAAAGUAUAAAUUGAAUAGGGUUUAAUGGAUUGCGGCCGUGACUAGAUGAAAGUAUCAAUACGAAGUUAGAAGCGCAUCCCACCUGCACUUGUGUAUCCACUUGUGUAUGGCAGCAGCAGUGUCCUUUCGGAUAACAGCUUUAGUUUUGUGCCUGGUGAUUGCAUACUGGCAUUAGUGAUAACCACACCAACAGCAGAUGUGGAAAUACUAGUAUGAUGGUUUUCAUUGUGCUUUCUUUAUUACUUGUAAAAUUGUCAUUGAAACUGAGUUUGAUUCUUUUUUUUAAUUUAUUCAGUUACACAGUGAAGUCCACCUUUAUCUUUCUAUAUUUAAUGAACAUGCAGUUGUAUUUUUCUUCAUUUCUUAUGGCUGGACAGAUUUCAAAAACAUAUUUUUUCUGAUUUAAAGAAGAAAGUAUGCUCAUUGAAGAAGAAGCUUUGGAGAAGAAUAAAGAAGAAAAAAAUUACCUACAAUUCUAUUAACUGGUGAUAACGUUAGCAACAUUUUGUGGAUUUUGUUAAUCUUUUAAUGAUAUGUUUGGAUAUAUAUGUGUGUGUACAGUAUCCUCCUUUCUUAAAUGCUAUAUUAUGGAUAUUAUGUUAUUCUUCAGAAAUAUGACUUUGACUAUUGCAAUAUCAUCUGUCUUGUGGAACUACCAGACUUUAUUUAAAUGAUGUCUGAUAGACAUUUGAAAAACUAGAUUGUGAGAUAUGAUAUAAUGAGAAGAGAUAAAAAUAGAAUUUGAGAUAUUUAAUUUCCUGCUCUUUUUAAGUUAUGAAAACGUAUUUACUUGAGUUAUUUAUUAGAUCUGUGUCUAGGAUAUAUGAAUUAUUUUUGAACUCAUUAGACUGACGUGAUAAUUGUAUAAGCAAAAGUCUGGCCAUGGAAGGCAGUGUUUGUUUUUGCAUGGUAUGAUGUUAAAAGACAGAAGAUUUAUCCCUGUCUCUUUUUAUCUGAAUAACCUUUGGAAGAAAGCAUUCCCUCCAUAAUGAGUCACAACUUCGGAUUGCUUUUCUUCCCCUGUGCUGUGUUGGUAUAUUAAAGUUUGCUAACAGUUACAAGUAUUUUUAACUGCAGUGGUUUCGUGUAGCACAAUUGAGUGAUGGCUACUUUGAGGUUCCCGUGAUGACUUGCUGAAUUGGUGUGUCCUUGCCUGGACCUGACCUAUCAUGUGGCCAGUGCCCGUGUGAGUGGGCUGCCCUUCAUCCCUGUAGGGUGUGCUGAGGUGUGGCCACUGGCCUCUGGUUAGCUUUGAGACUCCCACCAUCUCGCAGAGCCCACGGCUCAGGCUCUGGCUCUGGUGGGUGUGGGUUGUGCCCUGAGACCCACCCCUUCCUAACUCCCUGCCCUUGAGUGAGUCAGGCACAACUCUUAGAACCUUAUUUCCUCUUCGGUUUCAUGGGGGUUGAGCCUGACUCUGUGCUGCGGUUGUGAGGUUGGAAUGGGGAGAGGCCGGUGAGCACACUGGACAUGGGCGGGCAGCGAGGCAUGUCCUCGGGUCAGCCAUCUGAGUCACAGGCCCGGAGAUGCACAGCUGUGACCAGUGCUCCGCUUGCAGGUUCAUUUUCCAGACACUGAAAGAGCAGAAUGGCUAAAUAAGACUGUAAAACACAUGUGGCCUUUCAUUUGCCAAUUUAUAGAGAAGUUGUUUCGAGAAACUAUAGAACCAGCUGUGCGGGGAGCAAACACCCACCUCAGCACCUUUAGUUUCACGAAGGUCGACGUGGGCCAGCAGCCCCUCAGGAUCAAUGGUGUUAAGGUAUAUACUGAAAAUGUAGACAAAAGGCAAAUUAUUUUGGACCUUCAGAUUAGUUUUGUAGGAAAUUGUGAGAUUGAUUUGGAGAUCAAACGAUAUUUUUGUAGAGCUGGUGUGAAAAGUAUCCAGAUUCAUGGUACCAUGCGGGUGAUUCUGGAACCGUUGAUUGGAGAUAUGCCCUUAGUUGGAGCUUUGUCUAUCUUCUUCCUUAGGAAACCACUUUUAGAAAUUAACUGGACAGGACUGACGAAUCUUCUGGAUAUCCCUGGAUUGAAUGGUUUAUCAGAUACUAUCAUUUCGGAUAUGAUAUCAAAUUAUCUGGUGCUUCCCAAUCGAAUCACCGUUCCACUUGUCAGUGAAGUUCAGAUAGCUCAGUUGCGGUUUCCUGUACCAAAGGGUGUUCUAAGGAUACAUUUUAUUGAAGCUCAGGACCUUCAGGGGAAAGACACUUACCUUAAGGGACUUGUCAAAGGAAAGUCAGACCCCUAUGGAAUCAUUAGAGUUGGCAACCAAAUCUUCCAAAGCAAAGUCAUCAAGGAGAACCUCAGUCCAAAGUGGAAUGAAGUCUAUGAGGCUUUAGUGUAUGAACAUCCUGGACAAGAAUUAGAGAUUGAGCUCUUUGAUGAAGACCCAGACAAGGAUGACUUUUUAGGAAGUCUUAUGAUUGAUCUCAUUGAAGUUGAAAAGGAGCGCCUUUUAGAUGAAUGGUUCACUCUGGACGAGGUUCCCAAGGGGAAGCUACACUUGAGACUGGAGUGGCUCACGUUAAUGCCAAAUGCAUCAAACCUCGAUAAGGUGCUAACAGACAUCAGAGCUGACAAAGACCAAGCCAACGAUGGUCUGUCUUCUGCAUUGCUGAUCUUGUACUUGGAUUCAGCAAGGAACCUUCCGAGUAACCCAUUAGAAUUUAACCCUGAUGUCUUGAAGAAGACCGCAGUUCAGAGAGCUUUAAAGUCAGGGAAGAAAAUAAGCAGCAACCCAAAUCCUGUUGUCCAGAUGUCAGUUGGGCACACGGCCCAGGAGAGCAAGAUUCGAUACAAAACCAAUGAACCAGUGUGGGAGGAAAACUUCACUUUCUUCAUUCACAAUCCCAAGCGCCAGGACCUUGAAGUUGAGGUCAGAGACGAGCAGCACCAGUGUUCCCUGGGGAACCUGAAGGUCCCCCUCAGCCAGCUGCUCACCAGUGAGGACAUGACCCUGAACCAGCGCUUCCAGCUCAGUAACUCGGGUCCAAACAGCACCAUCAAGAUGAAGAUUGCCCUCUGGGUGCUCCAUCUGGAAAAGCGAGAAAGGCCUCCCGACCACCAACACUCAGCUCAAGUCAAACGGCCCUCUGUGUCCAAAGAGGGGAGGAAAACAUCCGUCAAAUCUCAUAUGUCUGGGUCUCCAGGCCCUGGCAGCAGCAACACAGCUCCAUCCACACCAGUCAUUGGGGGCAGUGAUAAGCCUGGUGUGGAAGAAAAGGCCCAGCCCCCUGAGGCCGGCCCUCAGGGGCUGCACGACCUGGGCAGAAGCUCCUCCAGCCUCCUGGCCUCCCCAGGCCACAUCUCGGCCAAGGAGCCCACCCCUAGCAUCGCCUCGGACAUCUCGCUGCCCAUCGCCACCCAGGAGCUGCGGCAACGGCUGAGGCAGCUGGAAAAUGGGACGACCCUGGGACAGUCUCCACUGGGGCAGAUCCAGCUGACCAUCCGGCACAGCUCACAGAGAAACAAGCUCAUCGUGGUCGUGCAUGCCUGCAGAAACCUCAUUGCCUUCUCUGAAGACGGCUCUGACCCCUACGUCCGCAUGUAUUUAUUACCAGACAAGAGGCGGUCAGGAAGGAGGAAAACACACGUGUCAAAGAAAACGUUAAAUCCUGUGUUUGAUCAAAGCUUUGAUUUCAGUGUUUCGUUACCAGAGGUGCAGAGGAGAACACUCGACGUCGCCGUGAAGAACAGCGGCGGUUUCCUGUCCAAAGACAAAGGGCUCCUUGGCAAAGUAUUGGUUGCUCUGGCAUCUGAAGAACUUGCCAAAGGCUGGACCCAGUGGUAUGACCUCACGGAAGACGGGACGAGGCCUCAGGUGAUGACAUAGCCACACCAGGCAGGACGGGUCCUCUUCAGCAUAGCUCCUCAACCUCUGCCCGGAACACCCCCUCUCACAGACGUACCAAUGUUAUUUUUAUAAUUUCAUGUAUUUAGUUAUACAUACCUUAGUAGUUUUAUAAAGUUGUUGACAUUUUAGGCAAAUUUGGCCAAUAUUAUCAUUAAAUUUUAUAUGUUGGAUUUCCUCUAGGAUUUCGCCAGUUCCUACAACGUGCAAUAGGGUGGUGGUAGCUCUUGUGUCUGUGGACUCUGCUCAGCUGUGUCCGUAGGGGCCGGAUGUGUCUGUGCUUUACUAUGGCCUUGUUUAUAUAUCAGUGAGGUAUACUAUGCUAUGUAAAUAGACUCUAUAUUUUUUAUAAUCUUUACAUGCUGGUUUAAAUUCAGAAGGAAUAGAUCAAGGAAAUAUAUAUAUUUUCUUCUAAAACUUAUUAAAUUCUUGUGACAAAUAAUCAUUUUCAUCUUUGCGGCAAAAAGUUCUCAGUGACCUAUUUUGUGGUGUUUCUUUUUAAAAAGAAAAGCUGAAAGAUUAUUAAAUGUUAGUAUGUUUCUGCUCGUUAUGAAUGAUGAAAUAAAGUAUUCAAAAUAUUAACAUUUUCAUAAAUAUAAGGAUGUAUUACUGAGAAGUUGAAGGGCUUAUGAAGAAAAAUGUUUUAUAACUGAGUAAUAUAAGAUAUUAAGAGAAUUAUGGUUCAUAAAUCAUAUACUAAUCUGAAAUUUCUUAUAUAAAAAUGAAAUCUUAUGUUUAUUUUAAUUGCUGUUGUAACUUACUCAUGAAACAGUAUACAGACACCUUGUACUUUUCCUAGACUAUAAGAACAGACUUUCCAUGUUAGCAAUUAAGCUAUUGUCAAAUAGUCAGUCAUGAGCGGUUAAUUUUCAAUGUUUUCCCAGCCUAUAAAAAAAGGAAGGUGCACGCUGCCCUUUUAAAGGUUGUGAGGUAAAUUGGGAUGAGUAGACAGGAUAUUGCAUUAAAAAUUGGAAGCUCGGUCUCAUUAUAGUCAGGAGCAGCCAGCGUGACCUCACACAUAGGAUGGGGGACGUGUGAGCCAAUGUGCACUGGCCACCACCAGGGUUGGGGGCGCCACAGCUUCGAGUCCAGCCCCCGCUGUUCUCAGCAGCCACUUCCCAGGCUGCCUCACUUUAUGCCGUGACUAACCUUAAUAUUGGGAUAUUGUUAUGCAAUUUUUAUUCUGUUUAGACUAUUAAAAGCAUUUUUAUGUACUUAAGAGUCCCCCAGACCUCCUGUGAGGUGAGGCUCUGUUGCAGUGUCUGUAAAGAAAGGAUGCACAUAUGUAGACGAUUAAGUGUAUAUUAUAAGCUGUAUACUGAAAAUGGCUUCCAUAGCCAUGAGAACAUCUUAAAACUAUGUAUAAAUAUAUUAAGGAAAAUAGAGCUUUGUAAUUUAAAUUGGAGCUCUUAGCUUGUUUAAUGGAACUACACAACUUGUGGGUAACUCACAUGACCAAACAAACCGAAGUGCCUGUGACGGAGGCCGGUGGCCAGUGGCUGUCUGCCCACCCUCCCUUCUAGCAGAUUUAGAUUUUGCUUCCAUUUGUAACCUACCCUUGGCGGGUGGCUGUCUCCCCACCCUCCCUUCUAACAGAUUUUAAUUUUGUUUCCAUUUAUAAUUUCCACUUUGAACCAUGGGUUUACUUAGAAUGAGUCUGUAGCUUCACAGCAUAUUUCAUGUAAUCAUAAAGACCAGUAUAGUCUGUCUCCUACUGAAUGACAUUUGACUGUAAAGCCUCUUGAUAAACCAUUUCCAAUGUUAGUAUAUAGGAUUAUUUGGGAAGCAUAUCAGUACCUUUAUAGACACAUAUGUACGUGUAUGCACACAAAACAUUUAUGGUAUUUAUGGAAGACAUUACAUCUAGUUGCUUUCCCAUAGUAUGAGAUUUGUUGAAGGUUUUUUACAAAUCAGGUCUAUUGAAAGUCUUCUGUCGUAAUCUAUAAAGAAGCAGCACUCAUUGAAAUUGUAGCCAGUAAUUUUUACCAAUAUCCCAUCCAUCUGAGUUCUGCAGUCCUGUGUGUAACCCGCUCCGUGUGUAUUUUGCUUAAUGGAAGGCUUUAUUUAAGCACUUAGGCAGAGUAGACACAAUUAAAGGUACAAGCCCAGAGGAAGGUUAAGCAGCACCGUGCCUGCCCUGAGGCAGUGGAGUGGGAAACGCUGUCUCCAGGGCCUUGAGUGCCUGGAGGUUCGUGGCCUCCAGUAGCCGGCUCCUUUCUCUUUGAAAGAAAGGAAGGAAGGAAAGGGGGUGAUUCUGAGGCACUGAAGUACCUCCCAGACGUGGAGGGGAGAAGCCACCCUCAAGGCCACACUCAGCACUCCAGGAUCCCAGCGAUGUCAGACACUCUUGAGUUCUCAGAAUGUUAAUUUUCAGUUUUAAAUAAUUAGUUUAAGAAAAGGGAAUUUUAACUUUUCUACCUUGAGUCAAGCCAAUGAAGGGAAAAUGAAUUAACUUAGUAAAUUUGAAGUGCAGCUCUGUUACCUAGUACAUGUGGGUUCUUAUCCUGAUCCUGUGCCUUAAAGUAGGAAGGUGUUUCCAAGUUCAGAUUAAAACAGAAGCAGCUGACUGGGCCUGGUGGCUCACACCUGUAAUCCCAGCACUUUGGGAGGCCAAGGUGGGCGGAUCACCUGAGGUCAGGAGUUCAAGACCAGCCUGGCCAACAUGGUGAAACCCUGUCUUUACUAAAAAUACAAAAAUUAGCCAGGCGUGGUGGUGGAGUGCACAUCUGUAAUCCCAGCUACUACUCAGGAGGCUGAGGCAGGAGAAUCACUUGAACCCAGGAGGUGGAGGUUGCAGUGAGCUGAAAUCGCGCCACUGUACUCCAACCUGGGCAACAGAGUGAGACUCCAUCUCAAAAAAUAAAUAAAAUAGAAGCAGCCUUGUAACUGUAUUUACCAUGAUAGUAUAUUCUGCACGGUAAAAAUUCCUUUUACAGACAUUCUUUAUCAAGAGGUCGGCCCUUCUUUUUCAGGCACUUAAGCCAAAUGCAGACCUGUGUGUAGCUGUGUGUUUUCUUCUGUGUUUGCCGCAUUUAUUCCACCUCCAGCUGGACCCCCCACUGCAAAUAGAGAACAACGGUGGGGGGUGCGGGUUAAGUAGAGAAUGUCCUUUCUGUUCAACUAAUUUCACAUGACAGUGCAUGUAUUUAUUCAAUAAAACUUUUACAUUAGCUCA